UGCCCGAACCAGGUCCCAGGAGGAGGGGGAGUGUCCGUGUUGGAAGGUGCGGGGACACUGGGCUUAGCGCUUUAUCCGGCGUUACCGCCGAGUCUUCAUCCGGAAACUGGCACCUCCGCUGUGACGGUGGAGGACACUGAAACCUCAGUAACUGCCGGAGGCAGACACACAGCGAGUGGUAGAGUCCUAAAUUGAAUUCCCACGCCGCCACCCUUGGCCCUCCCUCUGCAGGGCCUCGCCGCUGCACCCGGACGGGAAGUGUUUGCAAACGUCCUUUGAGCAUCUUUUGUCUCGGCUUUGUAUUCCUUGGCCCUCCGAGCGAAAACAGCUAGUUUCCCCCCAACAGGCACAGAUCGCACCGGGAAGCUGAACACAAUCCUUUCAUGCUGCCGUGGAACAGGUGUUGAAAACCCAGAUAGCCGCAGGGAUGGGCAGGAUUCUGCCCUAUCCCUCAGCUCUGCAUUUGAUGGCUGGGAUCCUGGGGAUCUUGUUUUCCUCUGACUGUUGGGAUUCCUGUUACCAUCAUAUGAAUUCUUCCCCCGGCCACAUCACCAUCCCACCAUCUGGAGUUGUGCUAAGGAAUCUGGGUUUAGACACCUGAGUAUCAAGUUCUGUCCCUGAGGAAUUCUCCGACCUUGGUGGACUGUGGACUCGGUUUGGGGUAUCUCUUUUUGGCAUGAUACUCUCCUGACAAAUCUGUACAUAACGUAUAAUAUUUCCAUUUCUGGGAACACCCUGCUGCCUCAAUUCAGAGCCAUCAAGCCUGUACCCCGAAAGUGUCUCCCAGCCUUGGGAGCACCCAGGUUCAUUUCGACUCACUGUUGUUUUUUUUUUUUUUUUCUGGAAAUAUGUGGCUCUCAGCUCAGGCAAUGUCAAAACAGCCCAGGCCUACAGACCUCCCAGGAGGACAGAACUUUUUUUUCUUACCCACGAAGCGGGACUCACGUGGUUGGAUAGGAGACCUUGUCUUUAUUUCCGGGAUCUUCCAUAUAAUAUUCACAUGACUCACGUGCCAAGUCAUUUAUGCUGGCGUGGCUUCAUUCCAGGUACCCUCCACUCUCCCUUCCCCAGUCCUGAUGUGGCUGCCAGGAAUGGUCCCUGUGGCUGCCAGGAAUGGUCCCUGUGGCUGCAGCUGGCGUUGUCUCAAGAGGUAGCGACCUUUGGCGGGUAUGACCGAAGACUAAAGGUGUUUGGAAGCCUCUGGAAGGACUGCUGAAGGGUGCAGGGACACAAUGCUGGACAAUUAUGAGAAUGUGGUCACUCGGGGAUCCUUCUUACAGCUCUCCAUGAUGCCCCAGAAAGCUGGAAAUGACUCCCCUGGUGUUUCCAGCACAAGUGAAACGGAAAUGGAGAUAAGUAACAUGAGAGAAAAGUUUCUUACAAGUGUGACAAAGUUAGUAGAAAGCAAAAGUUAUAACAGCAAAGUAUUUUCCAAAGAAAAGUACUUUCAAACAAUAAAGGAAGUCAAAGAAGCCAAGGAAAAGGGGAAGAAGUCAUCACGUGACUACCGCCGCGCAGCAAAAUAUGACGUGAUCUCCGUGCAAGGCACGGAGAAGCUAAUAGAGGCCGCUCACAGGGAACGUGAUCGAAUACGGUAUUACGUACAUAAGGAAGAGUUGUUUGACAUUCUUCACGACACACAUCUCAAUAUUGGACACGGUGGGCGGACACGGAUGCUCAAGGAGCUACAAGGAAAAUAUGGGAAUGUCACCAAAGAAGUCAUUGUCUUGUAUCUGACACUCUGUAAACAGUGCCACCAGAAGAACCCAGUGCCCAAGAGAGGUCUUGCGCCCAAGCCCAUGCCUUUUAAGGACAUCGACUCCAGAUGCCAAGUUGAAGUACUUGACAUGCAGUCAAAUGCCGAUGGUGAGUUCAAGUUUAUUUUGUAUUACCAGGACCACUUGACCAAGUUUAUCAUCUUACGACCGUUAAGAGCUAAACAGGCCCACGAGGUGGUCAGUGUCCUGUUGGAUAUUUUCACAAUUCUCGGUACCCCUGGCGUGUUAGAAUCUGACAGCGGCGUAGAGUUCACAAACCAGGUUGUUAAUGAGCUCAAUGAGGUAUGGCCGGAGCUGAAGAUCGUCUGUGGUCAGCACCGCCCUGGCCAAGGCCAGGGCUCCCUGGAGCGAGCAAGCCGUGACGUCAAGAACAUGAUACGUGCCUGGAUGCAGAGUCACCGCUCACGCCGCUGGGCCGAAGGCCUGCGAUUUGUGCAGCUGACGAGGAAUCAGGUGUUCGACGUUUCCUUGCAGCAAAGUCCAUACGAAGCAAUGUUUGGCUGUAAGGCCAAACUCGGCCUGUACUCCUCACACUUACCCCGCGAAACCGUGGCCGUCUUACAGACAGAGGAAGAGCUGGAAAUUGCGGAAAAACAGCUAGAAAGCAGCCUUUGGAUCAGGCAGGAAGAAAGGACUGAGAUGGGAGCAGACAGAUCUGAUAUGGAUGAGGACAUCGAUCCCACGCCUCCGGAACCUACAGAGCCCAGCACCUCACAGGGGGCCCCAGGCCUCUUCUGCUGGUGAACGGGCGCCUGCUGGGUGCUGUCCAGCCAUCUGAGAACUGUCACCAAAUUCCCCGGGGAAAGGAACAUGGAGGCUGCGCUCUCCACAGUCGCUCAUGUUGUCCACGGCAGUGCUUGCAACGAGGGGGAAAGCGGGCCGGGUCCGUAACAAAUGACCACAAACUUAGCGGCUUAACAGGAGUAUACACUUUGGCAACUCCGGAGGCCAGAAGUUCAAGAUCAAGGUGUCGGCAGGGCUUGUUGCUUUUCGAAGCUUGGAGAGAAUCCGUCCCGUGCCUUUCUCCUCUCCCUGGUGGCCACUGGCAGUCCUCCGUGUUCCUUGGCUUCCUCGAGUCUCUGCCUCAUCUCCACGUGGAGCUCCGCCUGGCCUUUCCCCCUCUGUCUCUCUGUGAUCUCCUUUUCUGUCUCUUAAGAGGACACCAUGGCAUACCAACCCCAUGCCGUUGGAUUUCAGGUCCUCCCCUAUCAGGGAUGAUCUCCUCUCGACAUCCUCACCUUAAUUGUAUCUGCAAAGACCCCUUGUCCAAGUGAGGUCCAAUUCACGGGUGUUGGGGAUUGGGACUUGGACAUACCUUUCUUGGGACACAGUUCUACCAACAGCAGCCAGUAGGAGAGUAUUUCUGCCUGCAGAACCUGAACCGAUGGGGUCUUAAGUGUGGUGCCCUACGUAACAUCUAGUACGUAUUCCUUCUGCCGAGCCCCCCUCCUCAGACAACAUCCCGAAAGGUGGGGGCAUCGGAGGAAAAGGUGUAGUGAGAAAAGAGGAGAGCGGCCACGUCGGCAUCUGAGCUCUAUUUCCUGCUUCAAGAAGAACUGUGUGUGCCACCCCUGCUGUCACAGUGGCAUGCGCAGGCAACCGUGACCUGCCUGAAACCUAUUUUAAGAGGUCAGAAUUAAGGCAUGGCUGGGA